GCAACCAUGGCGCAAAUCGACAACGAAACCUUGAAGGAAGAGGACAAGGUGGUGCCCCAAAACACAGAAAACGGCACUGAGCCCUCGAACGAGAAGAAGGAAGAGAACAAAGAAGAAGAAAAGCCACAGUACGCCCCCGUCGGCUCUAUCUGCGACUACCGAAAUCUCUACGAAACAAAGCCCGAUGAAAAUGGCGACACAACAUUCGUCAAGGAGAUGCCCAAGGAUCUCCCCGAAGCCGGUGAAGACGAGGAAUCAGCACAAUAUGCGGUGAUCGUCCGGAAUAAGAAGUCUUCUGACUCGCGGAAGAGUCUGGAGCUCCACUCGAUUAUCAUCCAGAGUCAGGUGUUGAAGGAGUUCCUUGAGCCCGUGAUGGAGGGAUAUCCCGGUGUCACAGUGUCUCUGGAGCGAUUAGACUUUGGGGCCCCCUUCAAGCCAUUCGUUCACCGAUGGGAGAGAUUUGUGAAGGCCAGAGAGGAGGCGACGGACCCUACCACGAAGGAUCACGUCGAGCUGCUGUACAAGAUCCUGCACGAUGAGCUGAAAGACGUCAUUGCGCGCAAGAGGGAUCUGAGCAGCCACGGCGUCAUCACCCACGAUCUCCUCUGGACUAUCUUCGAACCCGAUGAGCCCAUCUUUGCUGUUCAGGAGGGUAGGCUGCGGGCUUUCAAGUUCUCCUACGGCUACAUGAACGUUUGCAAGGCACGGUAUGAAGUCACUUGUAGCUACGUCGACCAUGAUGGAGAUGAGUUCGGAUGGCGCGAGGACGAGUUCUAUAUCCCCCGUUUCGUCGGCACUGGUCCCAUCACCGCACUGCCCAUCUUCCCACUCCGAUACCACAAGCAGGAGAAGUCUAUCCGCGAGUCUCUGAUUGCACGCGGCAAGCUCUGGGAGGCACACAAGGGAUACCACUACAAGGAUUACGAAGGCCCCUCCAUUGAACAUUUUGAGCGAUAUGGCGAGGACAAAGAAAUCAGAGCAACCCUCAAGGGCCGAGUCAUCAUUGACGCCGAAGCAUACAACACCUUCCACCCCGACCACUCCGUCUGGGUUAGCAAUGGCAUCGCCGAUGAGGACUUUGACGACAGCCACCGUCUCUGCGCAAACCCCAUGGUGCGCGGCUACUCCAUCAAGACCAAGAAGUGGCUUUCCUUCUACCUCGACGCCACCAAGGAUAUCGUCUGGGACACUCGCGCAUUCGACGCCCUCGUCCUGCCCCGCGAGCAGCAGAACUUGAAGCAGCUCAUUCUCGCGUUCGCCAAGGCACAGUCCAAGAACGCAGACACCUUCGACGACGUCGUCCAGGGCAAGGGCCGCGGCAUCAUCAUGCAGCUCAGCGGUCCCCCUGGUGUCGGUAAGACUCUCACCGCGGAGAGUGUCGCCGAAGUCAUGCAAGUCCCUCUCUACAUGAUGAGCGCCGGUGAUCUCGGCACCGACGCAGAAAAGGUCGAACGCAGCCUGAAGGACAUCCUCCGCAUGGUCCCCAAAUGGGGCGCUGUUCUCCUCCUCGACGAAGCAGACGUCUUCAUGGAAGCCCGUGACGCGUCGGACUUGCAGCGCAACGAACUCGUCUCCAUCUUCCUCCGAAUGCUGGAAUACUACGAGGGCAUUCUCUUCCUCACUACCAACCGUGCCGAGAACAUCGAUCCUGCUUUCGAGUCUCGUAUCCACGUCUCGCUGGCAUACCCCGACCUCGACUCCGUCUCGCGCCGCCACAUCUGGUCGCAGUUCUUGGGUGCCACGGCUAACACAACUGCUUUCACGAGUGAGCAGCUGGAUAAGGUGGCUGAGGUGCAGCUGAAUGGACGGCAGAUUAAGAAUAUCAUCAAGACUUCGCAUCUGCUUGCUUGGGAUGAGGAAAAGCCGCUCACGUACGAGCAUGUCCAGACAGUGCUGAACCUGAGGACGAUUGGAAGAGGCCAGAAGGUUUGAUUGAUGGGUGGUUUAAUGACUCUAUGAUAGCUAUUAAAUAAAGCAAAUAAUAAAAAUACUUGUUGAAUAACUCUCUUGUGCCUAUAUUAUAUCACGCUCAGCCUUGUUGAUCAUAGACAAGGAAGGCCAUACAUGAUACAUCCGUGGCAAUAACCAACCCUGCGGAUACAAAAGACAAAAGUUAUACAUGUAUCAGUCUCUGCUGUGAAAAACUUUGUUUUUUAUGCCAAAUCUUU